GUGGCGAUGGAGGCGGCGAUGGAGGCGGCGCGAGUCCUCAGGGCGGCGUGAGGCGCAGUCCUCAGGGCUCCUCUCAGCAGCAGCAGCGGCGGCGGCGGUGGAGCAGCAGUCGAGGCGACAUCGGCAGCAGCAGCAGCAGCAGCGUGAGGCAGGGAGGGGGAGUCGAGGAGACCGCCUGCCCCGUCGAGGUGCCGGUGGCCAUGUCGGAGGAGGACGAGGCCGCGGCCAUCACAUCGUACAUCACGGCGCAGGAGGUGAAGUGCGUGCUGCACUGGUACGAGAGCUGGAGCGGCCCGCAGCGCGAGCGCUUCCUGCGCGACCUCGUGCUCAAGGCGACGCCGGGGAAGCUGUGCGCGCUGCUCGACGGGCUGCAGGCGCUCGGCGUGUCGGACCGCGCGCCCAGCAUCUUCGAGUGCCAGCUGCGCCUGUGGACGCAGUGGUUCGAGAGCUGGAGCGAGGACGAGCGCAACGGCUUCCUCAACCGCCUGGAGCAGGCCGACGCCGGCUUCGUGGCGCGCUUUUACCAGGAGGUCGCCGCCACCAGCUGCCAGCCGUAGCGCAGCGCCUCGCGGGGGUGGGCACGCCAUCCCAACGCGCGUUCGCGGAGCGGGACAAAUGCGGUCGGUGCAGUUAGGGAGAAAAUCGGUGAUUCAGCAGAUCCGGUUCGUUUCUCGUGAAAUCGGUCUCCCGCGUGGGGGGGGGGAGGUUGUUUGCAAGGUGUCUGUGGGCGAGGGCCUUGCCCCAGCUGGGAAGUUCCAGGCUGACGACGGCAACAACAAGAACAGGAUGUUUGUGCCAUGUGCUGGUUAUAUUGCUGCAGGAGUGUAUGCUUAGCAAACUGCGUGCACUUUACAGACCCUUACUGGCUGUCAAUGUAAAAUAAUAGGCCUUGGCAGCAUGAAAUAUAUUUUUUUCUGUGUAAACAAAACCCUGGCAAAAUGAUCUCCCCCUACCCCAUCCCCUGCCAUGGCGAUUCAAGGAAUUGUUGAUUUGCAAUCGAUAUUUUUUCACAUUACGGUGAGUGGUAGCGCCUCUAGUGGCUGCAGGGGCGAUGUGAUCCCCUUAAUUCAAAAUCGAUAUGAUAUUCAUCGAUGAAUCGAUAGAGCAAUCCACCGCUGUCUGUCGGUAUAAUAUAAAAGUGGUCUACACAGGGUGCUCACUAAAGGCGUUGAUCAGACUCCCUGGUACCGAUGAACAUGUGCUCGGAGCUGCGCCGCUUGUCUGCAGCACAUCACUCAAUCGGUUGUGGCGCAGAAACCCCGCAAAGUGUCACACAGCUGCCCAGGUGCCGCAGCAGUCGUCCCUAGGGUGGCCGAAGCGAACCUGUUCAUUUGAGCAUGAAGCCAGGAUCGCGAUCGAAGGGAAAGAAGACAUAGGCCGCUGAGAUUUUAGGCGGCUUGCCCACCGCGUUAUGGGGGAGGGGGGGAACGGGAGUGAACAUGGGUCAAACGAAUCGAGCAUGAAGGAACGGAUAUUGGAACGGCAGCAACCCCGACAACAGCAAUCCCAACAACAGCAAUCCCAGCUUAAGGCACAGACAUUGGAGGAAUUGACCCAGGCUGAGCGACGGCGAGUUGGAGUUCGGGAUGUCACGGGCGUUUUGCACAUUGACCUCCGUGCUGGCCGCAGUGUUGGCCCCGGCGGAACGUCACCAGAGCGUGCCACGGAAGGUGCACGUGGCUCGGACGACGGCGAGGUCCGGCUUGGGGCACGACUACGUAUUGCUGCGUGCCCAACCGGCGCUCCUCCGUGACGGAGCCUUCAUGUCGGCGUCACGGUGACAGACGUGCAUCGGUCGUACUGGUGGUUAUAGUUGGGGAAUCGGCAAUACUGCGGCAAAGCUUUGCCGUCAGAUCCGCGCCGGCUCGUCGUCGUGUUGUGAAUUUUAAAAAAGUUCCUUACUCUUACGAAAUAUCAACCCUCGUUUAACGUGAGAGUGCAUUUAUUCAAGUCAGUUUACAUGACUGUGACACCUUAAACUGAAGCAGCGAAAGACAACAGCCCCUUACUGACUCGUGGUGUGCCCUCCCCAUUAUACCAAGGAUUAUGCACUUCAUGUUUGCCAUAUCCACGCACAGGUUGUAGUUCACGCGGAUUUCAUUGAACAGUUAAGCCUUACACAGGUGCUACGAACUUUUUUUUACGUUAUGAAAUUCAAAAUGAAUAAUAAUCCCGAUGAGAUAGUUUGUGGAAUUUCAGCGAUGCAUUCGCAAGAGCUUCGUGUAACUUAAUCGCACAAACCCACUUUGCCACCGGUGCGCUGUUCCAUCGCCCACAAGGGUCAGACAAGAGGCGUGACCUUGGGGGACACUGGACUUGGGAAAUGUAAAGCGGGUUUGCGCAACGUUUGAGUUUUCUACGUCACCAGCAGUGCGUGCGUGCGUGUUAUUUGCUCGUGUGUGAGAAAACGGAAAAUGGGCAAUGAGUGCGGCUCCGCUAGUGAUCAUGGAGUGCACCGUAUGUACGCAUGUUGAACUUCCUUCGCACCGUACGUAGCCACCCGUGCUAAUCGGAGGUGCGCCGUGUGGCUCGAGUGGACUGCGUCGUCGCUUCUCCCCACCCUGUCGGGGCCUCUACGCGCGGAAAAACGGUCACCUUGCUAAGCAAUCGUCAAUUUUGUUUCGUGACGUUAAGUUGGUAAACAGCUCUUCUUCGCGCGAACGUUCCGUUGUUAACGUGCUUGCGUGCGCAUGUGUGAGUGAAACAAAAAUUACAUUUCUUUUCUCAUUAGAGUAUUGUGUAAUCCCACGUUUUAACGCGGUAAGUUUUGUCGCGUGACUGAUGUUUAAACAAACGUAGAGUGUUUGAACUUUCCAUCAUAGUGCGCAAUGCACAGUGCAGGAUUUGUGUUUCUGGGUGAUGAGAUACAAUUUUAGGGUGCUUCCAACAUAAAUUUUUGAUCCAAACACAAGUGUAUACAUUAGGGAUGAGUUUCAGAUAAUUUUUGUUGGGAUAUUUAAAUACAAUGAGAUUUUUUUUGGGACUUUCGGAUCAUUUGCACUCUGUAGUGUAACGUGAAAUGUAUUUGCACUACAAUGGUGAUAUCACUCAAUACCGUGCGACACCUCUUAUGCCGGAAAAAUCGUGCGAAAGAUACCAUACCAGCGAUGUAAUUUUCGGUUUUUAGAUUGAUUCAAAAUUGCAAAAAAAUAUACAUUUAGGCCUGAUUUUCUAGUUUUUUUUUAUUCAUUGAGAGCACAUCCCUGGUGUACGUACAUUUGUGCGUGGAAUGUACAGGACGCUCGCACCAAUGCACACAAUCCAAAUUAUUUCCGUGAAACACUGAGACAAUGCCAUGAGAGUGCAUAGAUGCAUUUCUGUGAGCGUGUGCACCCCCACACAUUGUGUUGCAAAAUAACCCAGAAUGCAGUUUAAACACGCAGGAUAAAAGCAUCCAUCCUUAAAUUGCAUCUGGCACACAGCGAGGUUCGUGACAAUCCUGUGUAGUGGCACUGAUGGGAAGAUUAGACCCUCUGUGUUUACAUCUUUUUUUGUCGUUAUACGCUUCCCAUGGUACAUGUGGCAAACGUUACUUAUUGGUGGGAAGUGGUUUUGUUUCAGAAAUGUGGCCGGGAACCACUUUCACUGGCGGUUUGUCAGAUUGAUAUUUCAGAGAUCGCUGGAUUUUUUUAUAAGGAAUGCAAAUCUCAUAAACCGUGACACAACAGUGGAAUGGCUAAAGUGUCGACACGUAGAAAACUGAAAAUGAAUCUCAUCAGAGUUCUUUUUAAUCUGUCUAGAGAGUAAUUACUGUAUUAGCAGUGCACACAUUGUGUUGCAGUUAACUCAUACGUGCAAGAUUAAUAAAGUAACCUUUGGACUUAAUUUCCGGAUGUGAUACAAAUGAUCAGAUAAGACGUCCAUCCAUUGCAGAGAUGGAGUAAUGAAAUGAGUUCGUGCGCCGGUGCUGGGUAGAUUGUAAUACCGCAGGAUCUUGACAGGUGCCGGCAGCUUGGGAGGCCUUUAUCCAACAGUGGCUUGACCAUGGCUAAUUAUGAUGAUACAAAAGAAUGGUGGGAUGUAUGUUUAUCAUGAACAUAUUCUCCAAGCAUGAACAAUAUAUAUUACAUUAAUUCGGUUCAUCUGUUGAGAAAUGAGGAUUGUAACGAUUCACCCUGCAGUGGAUUCGAUGAAAUGUUGCAAUUUUUUUUAAAGAAUCGGUCCCCGGGGCCGCAGGCGUCAUGUGAACCGAUUACAUAGAGCAGCAAUACCGUUCAUAAUUAUCCUUUACAGCCCUUCGUCAAUCUACUGGAUAAACGCUUCUCCGUGCCAUAUCACUUAUUGUGGUUGUUUUGACCAUCAGCACACCGGUGAGUGAGUUGGUGAAAGGGGGGGGGGGGGGCAGGACUGGUUCAGAUCUCACUCGCCACUCGUCAUCGCCGUGGCCGGAAAUCGAACUAACCGCUGCACCACUGUUCCACCCCGACAACAGCACGUGUUCAUCGAAGUACAUCGAUUCUUACACAUGCAACCAGAUGUAUGCAUCAUCUUAAAAUGCAAUGGUUUAUUAUUGUAUCCAUUAUUGCUAAUUUCUUAGAAAGCAUGAGCAUUUUUGGGGCGGUUUAACGUGUUUUUCAAAUGUUACGAAGAAAAAGUAUUUGUAUUUUAUUUACUCUUUCCUGAAAUGUGUUUCAGACGACAUCUGCCUUCGUGUUAUUGAGCUGGCCGAUUGAUGUCUACCAGACUAGAGCCAUGGUUCUGACUGCACGAGCACUCGCAGGAUUCCUGUUCACGGUUUAGUGUACAACUGUAUGCAUAAACCAAAUACUUUUGAACAACGAUGCAGUAUCAGUACGUACCUUUCUGAACCAAAUGGCUGCUCAUGGGAACAGUGUCCGAGUCCUUUUGAAGUUUUCGGUACCGGCUGAUGCAGAUUCUCCUCACUGAGGGCCAAAUAUAACGUUCAUAUCUUUGGUGGGCAACCACACAUGAACAUAAACCCUCGCGUCGUUAUCCAAUGAGAACGAAAAGAAGUAACGUUACGCCAGUGACACAAGUUACUGAGGGUGAUGCAUUAAGAAACGCGAUGUUGCCGGGUCAUAAUUCGUCCCCUCUAGUACCCGAUUAGUGUGGCUGAGAUGUUUGCGGUGACGGAUGGAUAUCAUUUGUGUGACACGUCAAAGUCGUAGGCCUCGUGUGGCCCACGGGCCGUGGCAGUUGUAGUCACGGGCCAGAUGAGUCCCACGGGGGGACCUCGCAGAGGGCCGGUGGUCACGCACUCCGAGUUCAGGGUUUUGUUCCAGAUGAAUUACGGUGCUCGCUCUGAAACAAUCUGCAACUGGUGUGGAUCCCUCUUGGCUUAUCGAGGACAUGUUUUAUGUUUUGAUAAAAUGAAAUGAAAGUAGAAAUCUAAUGUAUGACCACUUGUGCGUAACGGUACGUUCACUGCCGUCCAUUUGUGAUUCAUUAAGAUUUAACACUUAAAAAAUGUUGCAUUAAAAAUUCCGAGAUUUAUUCCAACGUGUUUUCUUCUAACACUCCAAUUUGUAGCCUUUAUCACGCUAGUCUCAUGCGCAUCAGUGCAUUUGUCUUCACGUGACCAUGACAUUUCAUUCAAUUAAGUUAAGACUGAUUCAUGUAUGGGCUACAAGUGUUUCCAUAUAUAGGAAGGCGUGCAUUAUUGAUACCCCAGACGGACAUUGUGGAACAUAGCUGUGUGGCUUGGUAUUCUCCACGGUACAGACUCUCCAUUGUCAUCGCCUGUUACCUGUAUUAUACUUGCAUAGAUUAAGCGGUUCUGUUGAGCUAAAUAAAAUGUUUGGUUAUAUACA